AUGAUUCCUGAAUAAUAAUAGGGAAUAACAGAGGAGGAGAAAGAACUCAUCCUCAUUGAAGAAUUGUCUUAAAAAUUGGAAGGCUUGUAUAAGGACAUGGAAUAAAUAAGGAGAGAGAAUCUGUUAUUUGAAUCUUAUAUUAUGCGAAACUCCAAAGAUUUACAGAGAGAAGACGAAGCUGAAGACAAAAAUAAGAAAACUAGAAAGAAAAAUUAACCAGUUGAUAAAAAAACAAUGUAAUUGACCAAUGAAGAAAAAUACGAAAUUGCUCAAUUUGAGAGUGACACUCUCAAGAAGAAUAUUGAAGAAGGCAGAAUCAGAUCAGAUUAAAUCUUAGAAACAUUGAGAGCAAUAUUGGAAGAAACAGAUAAAGCUAUUACUGAAAUUAGAAAGGAUGCCUUUGAUUUCCAAAGAGAAAUAUUGUUUGCAGGUGAAAAUACUAGGACUGGUAAAAUAGAGGCAGAGAGAAUAGAAAAGUAUUUUAAAGAGAAAUUAGCAUAAAAAGAUGCUUAAAUUGAAAAAUAUAAAUAAAAAAAAGCCAAUAUAGAAUAAUAAAUUACUAAAACUAGCAAUUAAAUUUAAAAGAAAGAAGAAAUGGGAGAUGAUUUAAAGUUUAUUGACUUUCAUCAAUUAUAAAUUGAAAAUAAAAAGUAUGUUAAGUAAAUAGAUGAGAAGAAUAAGAAAUUACUUGGAUUAAAAAUAGCCACUGGUAAAAUAUCCUCAGUGUUAAUCGAGGAAAGAAAUCAACUCUAAAAUGAAAUAGAUCAAUGCAAUACACUGAUAUAAGAAAUCGAUGACAAAAACAAAAAAAUAGCUAAAACUCAAGAGCAAACAAAAAAAGUCAAAACUUAAAUAGCUUCCUUAACUGAAAAGAAGAAAAAAUUUGCAAUCCAACUUGAAUAAGUGAAUAAUGCAACCAAUGAAGACAUCCCUAAGGCCAUGACAUACGUUUUGCAGAAAAGAAAAGAAGAAGAAUUAGUCUAUAAGAUUAGAAAUACUAAUCGUAAAAUAGAAAUAGCAGAAUUGGCCUAUCAAAAAGCAUGUAAAUCAUUAGGUCUGAACCCAAUAUAAUAAUGA